CGCAGGCGCGCGGAGCCGUGACGGGGCGAGAGGCGGCGGCGGCUCACCAUGGCUGAGGUGGAAGAAACACUGAAGCGAAUCCAGAGCCAAAAAGGAGUGCAAGGAAUCAUUGUUGUUAAUUCUGAAGGCAUUCCCAUCAAAAGCACUAUGGACAACUCCACCACCAUUCAGUAUGCAGGCCUGAUGCACAGCUUCAUCAUGAAGGCGAGGAGCACCGUGCGAGACAUCGACCCCCAGAACGACCUCACCUUCCUGCGCAUCCGCUCCAAGAAGAACGAAAUCAUGGUGGCACCAGAUAAAGACUACUUCCUGAUUGUCAUCCAGAAUCCAACUGAAUGAUUACACUGACUUGGUCUGUUCCUUGGUUUUC